AACAAAAACUCAAAAACUCAAAAACUCAUCUCAUCUCCCCACUUUCUCUCCCACGCCCACAGAGAUCGAGAGGCUGCAGACGGGCGGCCGACCGGGCAAGGGCGAGGAGAGGAAGAUGGCCGACGUAACUAAGGAUAAGGCUAUUAAACUCACCGUUCGUGUGCUUGUACCUGUCAGGGACCAUCCCAAGUUCAAUUUCGUGGGGAAACUACUCGGACCGAAAGGAAAUUCUCUCAAGCGGUUGCAAGAGGAGACGAUGACCAAGAUGGCGAUCCUUGGCAGGGGAUCUAUGAGAGAUAAACAGAAGGAGGAGGAGCUUCGCGUAUCGGGUGACCCCAAGUUCAGCCACCUGAGCGAUGACCUACACGUCGAGGUGACCGCCGUUGCCCCGCCCGCAGAAGCCCACGCCCGCAUCGCCUACGCCCUCACGGAGAUUCGCAGAUACCUUGUGCCGGAUUACAACGACGAGAUCCGCCAGGAACAGAUGCGCGAGAUGCAGAUCCUGGUCGGUGCCAAUGCCAACAAGGGACACGAAAUCCUGGGUGCCAACAACGCUGCCAACAACAACAACAACGGCACCACCAGCGGCUCGGAGGAGGGGUCCUGCUCCCCUCACUCGACAGGAUCCCCCCCACCUCCCGGCGUAGGCGUGGUAGGAGGGGGGCGUGGGGGAUCCGUCAGGUCGGGAGGACUUGCUCUCUCGUCGCCUCAUCCUGCGCUGCGGGGACUCAAUCGCGCUCAGGCGGCCCUGCUCACCUGCGCAGGUGGCAAGAAUGAUAUAGUGAAGAGUCGACCUUCCGCCUCCGCCGCUGCCGCUUCUGCUGCCAGCGGUAACAGACGUUCAGUUCUCUCCCUGCUGACCCGCGCGCGCGCUAUGCAGCAGAAGGAGCAGGAGUUGAUGGAGGUUUAUCACGACAUACCAGGGUAUGGGAUGUACGAUCACCACAUGACAGAGCUGCCAAUGACAGAUGGGGUUGGCGAAGAUGGUUCAGCAGGUCGCGGAGGCGGUGGUGCCCUCAAGGUCAACAGCCCAGGAGACCGUGCCCGUUUCCGUCAUGACCCCUACCCUCGCGUGCCCUCCUCGACAUAAACGAGGUCAAAGUUCAUUACACUCUUUCUCUCCUUCCCUUACCCCCCUCAUCCCUUCUCUCUGUCUCUAUCUCCCUUUGUUUAUCUAUCUCCCUCUCUUUCCCUGUGUCUCAUUCUUCUCGUAUAUGUCCCUCUCAUCAUCCUUCACCGUCUCUCUUUCCGCCUCACACACUCUCGCUCCCCCCUUUCUCUUCCCAAGUCUCUCCCCGCCCCCGGUCUCCCUCUCUCUCUCUCUCUCUCUCUGUCAUUACAAGCCGCGCCGAAACACCAGUUUGUGUAAGCUAGCCACACAGCCCUUCAACCGAACCGCUGAAGUCCCCAAGUAUCAGCAGCACCCGGAGGGCCAAGGUACCAGUAGAUCCACCACGCAACACGGAACUAUUACGUGCUCUCAAGGUAGCCGCCAAGCUCUUCCUUCUUCUUCCUAUUCCUCUUGUGUGUUCCGAUUUUUGAGUCUCCCCUUUUUACAGCCUUUUUAUCCAAUGCCCAGAGACCUUUCCCUUCGGUUCAAGCUGCGAGAUCGCUGCUGAUGCUCCCUACGGUGUUUCACAAGAAGUGGAAGAAGGAAUUUGGUGAUGCCCGUUUUCUGUGGGUGGGUAACUUAACGUGAUUUUUUUUUCUAGGAGGGUGACUAUUAUAAGAUUGGGUCUAAAGUUUGGUAUUUGAAGUAAAUCUUUCAAGCAGUUUCA